UCGAAAAUGAAAGUCAAUAUGGCGUCUUCCAGUAUUGUUAGACGAACAUCCUCGAUUCUGCCUUUAUUUCUCCAUUAAUAUCUAAACUAUAGGAUCUGUUUAUAACCACAUAGACGAAGGAACUAUUACUGAAGCGGCUGGUGUUGUUGGAAAGGAUUAUAAGGGCUUAAACAUGCGAGAAGUCAUAUUUAGUUUAUCAGAUGUUGAUCUGUUCGACCAAGACAUUAGUCCAUCGGACUAUGAUUUCUUUAAAAAACAUACCGGUGCUUUUAAAAGAAUGCUUGAAGACCAGUCAAGAGAGAAGAAAAAAGAGUUUGUGGAAAAGUUUAAGACAUUUGCACUGACACAUGGCUGUAUGAAGGGCUGUCCGGCAAAGAAUGACAACYGGGACUUUCUAGAUGAAGCUAUUGCACAGUAUGAUGAGAACUUUGUAAAUGGAAAAGUGAGCACUGCUAAGAGUAUAGUUAUGGAUGCAGUAAUCCUUGCCCAGAAUAGACACAAUUUACAGUACAUGGGUGCCAACUCUUACUCCAAAGACCCUUUUUUCCACAAGGAAACUAGAGAUACUUUCCGAAGGCUCUUUGGACAGCCAAGUGAGAAAGGAACUUGUUUAAAGGUCGUCUGCGUUCUUCCACUUCACAUCAAGUUUGGCGGGUCGAUUUGUCGAUAUCUCCGUCGUUGGCUCGACGCUGACAAUAUCGAGCCAGUAGUUGCCCAGCUGAAAAUCGUCACCAAACCACCGAGAGAAGUCAGAGGAAAAGGCAGGAAAGAAAGAAGGCCGUUGACAGAUGCGGAAGAGAGAAAGGAAUUUCAAAAACAACUUGACAUGGAAGAGUUUAAUUACCAGUUUCGAAAACUUCUGGAGUAUCAUCCUCGAACCUAUGGCUUCGAUGACUUUCCUGAUUUUGCUGAAAUUGGCAGAAAGCUUAGCAUGAAUACAGAAACGGAUAAUUCUACGAGUGGCGAUACCAAGACUACAGAUGCACAAGAGGAAACCCCGAAAGACGUAGGCCUUUCUCUUUCCGAAUAUUUUGGAUUUCCAAAGAAAAGUGAUGAUUCAGAGAUUGGUAAGACUGUAGUGGAAACAAGUGACUCAACCUCGAAUGUACAGAAAAAAUCCAGAAAGGAAGAGGAAGACCUGAAGGCGAAGAUGUACGUGAAAGCUUGCGAGUCAGGCUUGGAGCCGAAAGAGGACGGAGACGGCGAAGAGGACAGCGAUAAGGUACCAAUGAGUAGCAGCGAUAAAAAUUACGAACAGGUCAGGAAAAUGUUCCUUUUGGACAAACCUCAUCCCAAUGUAGAGUUCGACCAGCUUAAUAAGAAGAGUCUCAGUAAGGAAGAUGCGAAAAGAUUGAAAAAUUGCAAGGAAUAUAUACGGAAAGCGCAGAGAGCGGAGAUGGAGAAGAAGAAAUCGUUGAAUGGAGCUGAUCAAUGGCCAAGGUUUGAUCUUGAUGCUGUUACAGGGGAAAAAGUGAAGAGGCACGCAUGCGCAAACUGCAGAGUGGUAGAACCCGAACCGAAAAAAUUCAAAAAAUGUCAAAAGUGCCAUGGUAAAAGAACUCGAUUUUAUUGCAGUAGAAAAUGUCAAGAGGAAGACUGGAUCCACGGGCAUAGAGAUGAUCAUACUGACUCUAUUGAAGACGUGACAUAAACUCCCGUCCAGAGUAGUGACAGUGGAGUUUUUAGCACAAACCUGAGGAGCACACAAAUGUACCUGAAAUGAUGUGACGUAACCUCCUAUGAGGGGUGGUGUCAGUAUUUUUUAGUAUAGCUCUAGCUCUGUAUAUUCGGCGAAAAUCAUUAUUAUCCAGGUUGAUGAAGUCAGUGUAACAUAAAAAGAAUAAAAACGUUUAAAGGUA